UGUCAGUUUGUUUUUGUUUGCAGCCAUAUUGGAUUAGUUGGAUAAACACAAGCCUUGUAAAUCCGACGAAUCUUCACAUCUCAUUGCAUCAAAUUCGUGUUUAAUGAAAUAUCUCCCUUCCCGAAUAGUUUAACUGUAAAGUCACUGUGCUAUUUUCAUUCUCACACUUCACAGAUAUUAAAAUCGAGCUAUCGAAUAAAAGUAGGUCAACCGAUUUCGAUAUGGCUUGCGGGGCGACGCUGAAAAGAAGUUUAGAUUUUGAUCCAUUACACAGUCCUGGGCAAACAACACCAAAAAGAAGAAGAUGCACUCCAAUGAACCUUACACCUUCAACUCCACCAAGAAGUGUUCCUCCAUCGCCUUUUGGAGAAGUUAACCCAAAAUUGACGCAAGAGUUGAUUGCUGCAAAUUUGAGUGCAGAGGUACGGCGAUUACAGAGACGAAAACAACUACAGUUUUCCAACGGCAGUGGUAGCCCACCUCAUCCGUCCCAAUCCUCAUCAGCAGAGAGUUGUGCCUCCCCCUCAGCCAUGGACAGUCAAUGUGUUCAAACUCUUGCUCAUUGUAGCUCUAACACACUUUUCAAUGCACUUUCCCCAAGUAAACGUGACAUUCCUCUGUUUACAUUCAAACAAGUGAGCAUGAUUUGUGAAAGAAUGCUGAAGGAACGUGAGUCACAGAUACAGGAACAGUACAACACAGUACUGACCUGCAAAAUGGCUGAGCAGUAUGAAGCAUUUCUGAAGUUCAACCAUGAUCAAAUCCAGAAACGCUUCUCUAGUGAUAAUGUGGCAAGUUAUGUAUCUUGAGCUGUGAUCAGUAUGAUGCGUACAAGGAUACAUUGUGUGUCUGCAAGCUUUCUAGCAAUGCGUGAGAUGUGAUUUCUGGCAAACUCCAGAGAUGGUGUGGAAGACUGCAUUUAUUUUGGCUGCAUGAAAGCCCUAACAUUUGUUCUCAUGCGCUUGCUAUCAAGUUUUACACAUUUUCAUGAAUAGUUUUAAUGCAAUUAUCACGUAUAAAUGAUGUUUUGAGGAAAAGUGGUUUAAACGUUUAGUGUAUACAUAUUAUACAUAGCUUUAACAUACAUAUUAUACAUGUAUGUUGAUUGUUCUUACACUUCUACUGGUUUAUAUUUUUUUUCCAUCAAAUUCAUACAAGUUACUAAUACUUCAAUUUGGUGCAAAUCUUGAAAAAAAAACUUCUACAGUAUUUAUUGUGUAUAAAGUAUAUAUUAUAUAUUUUCCUCUGUUAUUUAUUGCAUUUUUUCAGGAUUUCAUUUUUAGCAUUUUAUGUGGAAAAAAUUAAGGAAAUCAGUCGUAAUAAUUAAAAGUAUAUGUUUGAUUUUCUUUCUGUACAUUUUAGAAGUAGUAGCGUUCAGCUUUUUUCUCUCUUUUUCUUGUGAUUUUGGUAUAAUAUGCAGUGAGUAUGACAGUACAUACUUGUACAAACCAUGGGUAUUUAACAGAUAAUCAUAAAUCUUUGCUUUCUUAAAUUUGUUCAUUUGUGUAUAUACAUGUAGUACAUAGUCUGUUGUCAGUCAGCAAAAUAGCUGUACAUUUUAUUUAGCUUUGUUUGUAGUGAUCUUCAUUUAUUAUUUUCCACAUUGCGAUUAUGCCACACCAAACUGAUGUUAUGUUCUUCAGAUUUACGGCACCUCCAAUUGUAGAGAAUGGAUUUAUUUAUUUUAGACUACUGCUUUUUUCACCCCAAAACAUCAUUUUAAGAUAUAUGAAAGAGUGCUUUUUAUAAAAGUGAUGUUAUGCUGGAUAUAGUUGCACAAAAACAUGCUUUGUAACGACUUUGACAACAUCUGGAAGACUGAAAAAGCUAUUAUGAAUAUUUUAAACUUUGAUGAAAUGUUUUCCAAAUUUCUUUUUUGCAAAAAUCUGUAGAACAAAGCAUUCGAUUAGUGGCCUAUGCUCCUGUGCUCUUUACUGCCUGUUGUUAUUUGAAGUUGUCAUUUCAUCUUAAUUUUUAUACCAUAUUGGAAAGCAUUUUCCUUGUUUUCACUCAUUCAUUAAUUCUCAUGCAAAGUCAUAUGUAUGCAGUGUUUUAUUCUUACAGUAAGCGAUGAUGCAUAAAUUACAACAUUAUUAGAACACUUAUUUAAUACUGACCUUAAUGAUAUGGUACAAACUAGCUACAGCACCCAUUACCCAUGUGAUUGAAAUUAUACAUAAAGAGCCCCUUGUUUUGAAUAAUUUUAAUAACUGGUUAUGUGUGCAGUAAUUUUUACUUAAAAGAUAAAAUGUACAGUUCAGUCAACACCCUCAUCUUAAGUGUUCUUAAUAAAGUUUAGUCUUGAUGUUGGGAUUUUUAAUGUUUUUACUUUCAUGUUUUACACAAAACUAACAUUUCCUCAAAUAUGUUUAAAGAAUAUGAGUUUUAGUAAGUAGUCAGCUACUGAUGGUUUUGUUGUUAUGAAUAAGUUUUAUUUGGAAUCGUUCUUAAUAUUGAUGUUUUAAAAACAUAUGCAGUAAGUCACGCUGAUGAUAACAUUUUUAUAACACUGUAAGUUAAUUGAAAAGAGUAAUAAUGUACGGGUUUAUAUUUGACAUAAUUAUGGGAACUGUUUUGUAGAUGCAUUAACUGUGUUUUAAGUUGCUUUCUACAAUGGGCAUUACGUAAAACAUGGCGUAUAGGUUACUUAAAUAUUUAUUUAUUUUAUAACGUACAUAUUAGAAAUGAUGUUUAAGAUAGUCUUGCUAGAAUUCAUUUCUCCUUUUAUGGUAAUGCAGUAAAAAUUAAGACUAUUGAAUUCUGAAUGACUAAUUCAAUUAGUCACUGGUAUUCAUUGUUGAGUUGAAGAAGCUGUCAUGUUUGUUGCAUUGUAAAUAUCUUCAUCUCGAUCAUUGUAAGGCCAUGUUUAAAUAAUCUUUAAUUUCUCAGGCACAUUUUUAUAAAAAAAAAUGGUGGAAAUGUGUUUUUUUAUCCAACUUUUUAUAAAAUUGAUAUAGAAAUUGACACAUACAUGUUUAAAGUUGAUGGAACAAAAUACAGUCAAAAUCUGUUGGCUCAACAUUGCUGGGUUUGAUUUCCUCAUUGGCUCAAACUGGAUGUUGAGGACCAAUUUCUUUCUGCUUAAAGCUUGGCUCAAAUUUCCUGAAGCUCGAUCCCUUUUGGCAAAUCCCUGUGAGUUCGAGCCAAUGGGGUUUCACUGUAAUACGUAUUUUGACAAAACACCUAAAAAUAGUAAUUCAAUAUUGUUGGGCCUGAGAAAUUAAACAUUUUUACCUUUUAGCCUCAGCUCAUACUUUUGUUUCCUAUGUUGUGAAACGAAGGAUAAAUAAGUCUUUCAAUGUAUGCUUUUGUGAAGCAGAAAUCACCUUAUGUGAUGUUUCUUGUACACAGUCAGAUUUAGGAAUUUAAACAAAAAAUAAGGUGCUUAUUUUGACAUUACGAGUACUCCUGCACUUGUUUAUUUCUUUAAACAUAACUGAUUAAUCACUAUUAAUGAUAUAUCAGACAUGUUUGGCACAAUUGUAGGUCUGUUCUUAAACCCUGAUUGAUUUUACUCCUUUCAUAUAUAGUUAAAACAAAUUUAUUCUUAGUUUUCUUUUAUGUACAAUUUAGUAUACUUGCACUAGAAAAUGUUGGAGAAAAAUCUAAACGUUCUGUUUUUGCUAACAAUUUGUAUUUAAGAUUUAUGUCUUAAUUGCAGUUAUUUGGAGUUCAUAUUGAAUAAAAAUGCAUGGAUUUAUGUUUUGCAAAUUUAUUAAAACGUCUUUCCCAAUUA